CUACGACAUCCGCCUCCGCCCCGACUUCGGAGGUCCGCCCGUGGACGUGGGCAUGCGGAUAGAGAUCGCCAGCAUCGACCUGGUCUCCGAAGUCAACAUGGUAAUAAGCUGAAGAGCUUGUCAGACAAUGAACAAGCAGGAGAAGUAGAAUGUAAAAGUCCCAGAGACCGUUGCCCAGUUUCUCCCUGAUAUACUUGAAGUUUUAGAGUUUCCAUCAGAUUUGCACAUCCUUGCUACAGUUACUGGAAGCAUUCUUUUCCAAAGGACUACACCCUGACCAUGUAUUUUCAGCAGUCCUGGAGGGAUAAAAGGCUCUCCUAUUCUGGAAUACCUUUGAACCUAACUCUGGACAACAGAGUUGCUGACCAGCUCUGGGUGCCGGACACAUAUUUCCAGAAUGACAAGAAAUCAUUUGUCCAUGGGGUGACAGUGAAAAACCGAAUGAUUCGACUCCAUCCAGAUGGGACAGUCCUUUAUGGCCUACGGAUCACAACAACAGCUGCUUGCAUGAUGGACCUACGCAGAUAUCCUCUGGAUGAACAAAACUGCACACUAGAAAUUGAAAGUUAUGGAUACACUACUGAUGAUAUUGAAUUUUACUGGAAUGGAGGAGAGUCAGCAGUAACAGGAGUUAAUAACAUUGAGCUCCCACAAUUUUCUAUUGUUGAUUACAAGAUGGUAUCAAAGAGAGUGGAAUUUACAACAGGAGCAUAUCCUCGAUUAUCACUUAGCUUCCGGCUUAAAAGAAAUAUUGGAUACUUCAUUUUGCAAACUUAUAUGCCUUCCACGCUAAUCACAAUUCUUUCAUGGGUAUCUUUUUGGAUCAAUUAUGAUGCCUCUGCAGCCAGAGUUGCUCUAGGAAUCACAACUGUGCUGACCAUGACCACCAUCAGCACCCACCUCAGGGAGACCUUGCCAAAGAUUCCCUAUGUCAAGGCAAUAGAUAUUUACUUGAUGGGAUGCUUUGUGUUUGUGUUUCUGGCCUUGCUGGAAUAUGCCUUUGUAAAUUACAUAUUCUUUGGGAAAGGACCUCAACAUCAAAAAAAGACAGCAGGCAGGGCAGGACGUGCUCCAGGCGAGAAGAGCAGACUGGAAACAAAUAGAGUCCAGGUUGAUCCCCAUGGAAACAUGCUUCUUAGACCACUUGAAACACGAAAUGACGUCAGCAGCUCAGAUGUGUUCACAAGCCUCCGUGACCCUCGAGCCACCACAUACACGUAUGACAGUGCCAACCUGCAGUACAGAAGAGCCACUUCCAGCAGAGACCUCUACAACAGGAGUGCUCUGGAUAGGCACAGGCUUCAUAAAAAAGGACACUUAAGAAGAAGGGCAUCCCAGAUCAAAGUCAAAAUCCCUGAUUUGACUGAUGUUAACUUGAUAGACAAGUGGUCCAGAAUGGUCUUUCCCAUAACAUUUAUUCUUUUCAAUGUUAUUUACUGGCUGUAUUAUGUCCACUAAUUUAUGCAAUAAUGUUACCACAGACUGACUUAAUUAGACUUGUUGCUUUUCCUUCUCAAUUUUAACUCUGAAGAACUUCAGUAGCUAUAAUGUUACAUGUUCAAUGUAAGAUACCCAGCCAUGGAACACCUCUAGAUCCAAGCUUUCAAAAAAAACCCGCAACCCAACCCAAAUUCAGCCUUAUAGCAUUCAGAUCAGAAUACUACAGAUCUGCUCUUAAAAAGCAUCUUCAGCAAAAGUGUUAUACCUUGAUUUUUACAAAGUUUAUGCAUCACGAAUGACCUUUCUGUAGCCACUUUAAUUUUUUUUUAAGUGGAAUAAAAAUUAGUCCCACUGUAUUUCUUAUCACAUAUUGGCAGCCCACAGCAGCAUCAUUCCAAACAACACAGUAAAACAAUUCAAAGCAGUAUCUAUGUCACUAUCUUUCAGCAUUUAGAGUGUACAGAAAUUUGAAGAAAUAACAGUUUGGAGGAUUAUAAUUGUUACACCACACAUCAUUUCAAAUAGUUAUACUGGGAAGGAUUUCCAUAGUGUGUGUGAGAAGUAUCACUCAAGGAAAAGUCAAAUCACAUUUUCAGAGAAGCUGGGAUCUUGAAAAGAAAUAAAGGGUAGCAGAGAGAAAUUCCACUGAAUUUCCAAGCAAGGAAUCAGCUGAUUUGAUCUAACUGGACACAAAGUAAUAAUGUUGAAAUUUAUGAGAACAAUUUUGUAUUAAAAAGUAGAAAACAAGCACAUGUUCAUUCCUGGAAGCAAUACUGAGACAUACCCCAGGUCAAGACUUUUCUUGACUCCCAGGUCUCCUGUGGCUGGUAAUUGCAACAUUCUCCCAAAAAUUACACACAAAAUCACACAGAGUAUUCCGAGAUGGAAGGGGCCCAUAAGGAUCAUUGAGUUGAACUCUUAAGUGAAUGGCCCCUAUGGGGAUCGAACCCACGACCUUGGUGUUAUUAGCACCAUGCACUAAGAGGAAAUCAAACCCAAAACUAAGUUGGCAGAUGUCUAGGGACAGAUCUGAGGAAAUUUCUGCAUAUAGUUUCCUACAGAUUUCCUUACUCCACUGAGGAUCAGGAGAUGUGUCUGAGUCUUAUGGCACACCAGUGAUGUUGGGUGCGCUCCUUUUGAGGAGCUGCCUCUCCGCACUUGGCUGCUUUUUUGCCUAACACAGCCAAUUCCAGCCAAGGAGCCACAGGUGAAGUUCUAGCAAGGUCCAUGCAAUUGAGAAGUAAUAGGUCAGUCAUCUUCUCUAUGGCCAAUUGUUUCCUAACAGUGUUUACACUGCUGUCUAACAUAGCAGUUUAUUGAAACUAUUAUCAGUUAAUUUUUUUUUAAUUAAAAAUGUUUCAUACUUUUAGGAGAGUCAAGAUAUCCAAGCCAACAGAGUCUAUGUAGGUACCAAAGUGAUUGUUACCCAUGGAAGCUUGUACAGAAAGAAACAUUGGUACAGAUACAAAUGAGUAAUGUGGAAAGCUUCUUCAGCAGCUCCUCAUUACCUGGCAGUAAGGUCAGCUGACUACCUUAUUGCCAACUGACAUGACAAUUUCUUUAAUCAGAAUAUAAUAACAAAUGAAACCUUCCUACGUGCUAAAGUUUGUCACAUUGUGCAAUACCUGGACCUUCUCAUCCUUCCCUUUGUUUGUGCAGCAGGCUUCUGCAGAAAGAGUCUGUAAUAAUAGAAUAAACAAACAAGAAAAGGAAUAGGUUUAAUUUACAAGAAAUAUAGGGCUGCAAACCAGGCAUUUGACAUUGCUAAUCUAGGGGGGUCUUUAAGACUAUCAAUUUUUCUGUGGGCUCCAAAGUCCCAACCUCAUCCCAAGUUUAUGGAUCAACCAGCUACUUCACACAACAGAUGACAGGCACAUGGAUUAAAAGCAGUUACAUUGUACAACUCCAAGGGGAUAAAAAAAGUAUGGAGCAGAGUAAAAGCCAUUAACAAAACAAGAGCAGUGCAAAUACAGAACUCCUUAAGAAUAGCAUGUUCCAAAAUAGGAGGGUCCACUCUUAUGCACCAGACCUUUAACACAUGCCACUGAUACAAAUCCCAGCCCCGCAGCCCAUUUUGAGUGGCACCCACUAAGGCCUAUCUGCACGGAGAACAGCAAGCCAUGAUCUUGAGUCAGGAAACCCCUGCCAGCUCUUGGUGCAAAGUUUGGCAGCAGAGAUUAGUGACUCCACCACAUACAGAGGCAAGAGCCACUAACUGUAGGUACAACAACUUCUAGAAAAAAAAGCAGAAGAAAACAUUUCUCACUUGAGAGCAAUAGCUUGGCAGCAAGGAGAAUGCAGUAGUUAUCAGAGGCAUAGGAUGGAAAAUGAGUCUGUUUAUGGGUUACCCAGGUACAUUGCCAUCUGGAGCUAGAAAUUAGUGAGUACAAAAGAAACACUCUCUUCCCAUCAAUAGGUUGGAGUAAUUCGGCUGGUUUUGCACAAUAAAGGUGAAUAAUGCUGUAAUGUUAAGCUCCCUCACAGUUGUACUUCAGUAGUUAAUUUCCUUGCCCCUAGGAACCAGCCUUCAAGAUCAGCAUAAGUAGGUCCUAUUGCUAAUUAUGUUUCAGCUAAAUCCCGGUACAGUUUGUGCAGCUCUCAUUCAAUUUGAACUGGAAGUCCUUUUUGGCUCAGUUUCCCAAGGACUUGAGCUUUAUUGUCCCUGAGUGUGUAUAUUUGUGUGCCUACCUGGGAGUGUCUCAAUAAUAUACAAAUCCAUUCGUAAUUUCAACCAAAAGAUAACAGAACAGUAAGGACCUAUGAGAUACGACAUUCCUACAAGUUUCAACAAAGCAGCUAGCUUAUAGCAGAGGACAAGGCUCACGUUAACCCACCACUCAUAUGUGCAAAGUUUUGGUUUUGGUAUAAAUUACAUACUUAGGAGGUCUGUACACAGUACCUGCAAAACCACAGAGAUUUCUUAAACAUGCUCAUGAUAGCUGGUUGGGAUUUUUUUGGCCAUAUGACUGCAGGACCCAGAAGUGAGCUGCUCUGCAGGGUAAACAUUGGGAGAAUAUGAACUCGUGUCCCUGAAACAGGACGAAGGGGAAGCAUCUCCUUGGAACAAUCUUUACAAGUUAGUGUGGUGUAAUGUGCAAACACCAAAGCUAUUCCAUGCACUGUAGUCAGUUAAUUAGAAAGACCUUAGGCCUGAAAGAACAUAGGAAAAUACAGAUAUGGGCAAAGUGAGCAGAUAAGCAAAGACAAAAUUAAAAAUUAUUUAAUCUAACGGGGUCUCUUUAAACUCCUGCACCUUUGGCCUAAGCCUUCUUAUGCCUUCAGAAGAUUUUCCCGAUUCCCCCUUAGUCACAGCCUUAGUCUUUGUAAAUGACACUUCUCACACCACAAGCUCUCCUCAGCUUUUGUGACUUUAUUCAGCUCUGGUCCCAGCAUCUAGUUCUCUCCAGGGGCUGUGACGUGCAUGGCCAUGCUCCACACUUAAUGAAAACCUCUGUGUGGAAAUGUGAUGCCAACUUCUUUACCUGUCCUCCUAUUCUUCAGGAGGGAAGGGAGCAUGGCUGGGCACACUUGACAGACGUGCUCCUGGCCACGAGCUUGUCUUAGAUGCGCACAUUUGUCCUAUUUGCUACCUGCUUGGGUCUACCUGCGUUCCUUGAAGUGUAUGUUGAAGCUGACACCCGUAUAACGGGGUUUGUGAAAUCUCUAGCUUUUUGCAUCAAUUAGGUCUGGUACAGUCUCCACAAAUGCCUUAUCUGUCACAACUGGAGACCUUGCUUGUUCCAGAAGUAACUAAUUCUCUGAGCAAAGACAGAAAAAAAAACAUUUUCUGAUAGAUGGUACAAAGUACAGAGCAGCAAGCUCUCUUCUCCAUUCUCUUUAGUCCUGUUCCUGGUCACCUACUGGAGCCCAUUUUGUGCCUUAUGAGGACAGUUCAUUUCUCUGUAGUGAUGUAAGGUCAGGAUGCAAUUCCACACAUUCAAAUGCAAUUCCAUGAUUAUCAUGUUUUAGCUGCUAGUUCUCAACUGCUCGUCAACUGGUGCUCCUCUCCCUCUCUAGCCAGUCAUACAGUGUUGUUAUGUCCCCUAUUAGAAACAUAAUUUUUAUCAUUAUAUUAAAAAUACUGAGAUUUUCAAUAAAGUCUAACACCUACAAAAAGAGCAUAUAAUUGCGUAUUUAGUCUUGUCACAUCGUAACAGAAACUUGUCUUCUUUUUAAAGCAAAAAAUCAUUGAAAAAUUAUUUUUCAGCCUUUUCUGUUCAGUGCUGCAGUAAAGGACAGGACAAAUAUAGGACGAUACUAACGACUAAAUGACCACCCCAUACCCUUAACUGUAAAGCCAUCAUUACGUAACUUGCUAUAGAAUUUAAAAUGAAACUAUGUAAACUUUACCA